AGCAGUUACUUGAUUUGUUCAAGCACGUAAGUUAGGGUAUUGAAGGUUGCUCGCAAAGCUGCAACUGAGAGAAGGGGCAGGAAGUGUUAAGGACCUCAGCAAUUUGGAGUCUUAGCCAUGGGAAACAGCGUGGAUUGUUAUUACAACUCGCGCUGGACUUACCAGUGCAUUUUCCCUUGCAUUCGUUUUUGUACCUACACUGGACGCCGGGUCUUUUACAACUAUGACGGAACGGAAAAGGUUCAACCACUCGUCGAUAUUUACCACCCCCAGAAAGGGCCCGUUCACCGUCUUCCAGGCACUUUUAUUGGAAUUGAUGACGACCCCGAAAUAAAAGAUCAACUGCAAGGCCCUGGGCUUGACGGUGCUGGUCAGAUCGCGGCGUUGUGCAAGUAUGCAGCGGACAAUGGCUACACCAUUCGCGCUGUGGGCACAGGUUCCUCUUGGUCUCGUCUCACCCACACUACAGACAUACUCUUGGUCAUGACAGAUUUGAACGAAAUCAUUUCGAAAUCGACUAAUUCACAAACAGAGGAUUCAGAACCAGAAUCAACGGAAUCGCAAUAUGAAGUCGAGGUGCAGGCCGGAAAACUCGUCGUAGAUUUUGUCGAGGAACUGCACAAGAAACAUAAUCUGGCGCUCAAGAUGAUAGGUAAUUACGCUGGCCAAACGGUUGGAGGAGUGGCGAGCACUUCCACUCAUGGAUCAGGAUGGUUCAGUGGAACGAUGUCCACUUUAGUGGUAGGUCUUCAUUUAAUCGUACGUGGUGGAAUCCAAGUGAAGGUACGAAGCGGCCCCGAAACCAUUGCGGACUGCGAGGCAAAGAUUUCCAGGGCCAAAUAUGGAGAGGUGCCCAUCGAGAUUAACAGUACUGAGGUGUUAAAGGCAUGUCAAGUAGGCAUAGGAAGUGUGGGGGUAAUAUAUUCCAUUACAUACAGCUGUGUCCCCAUGUACUAUCUAAAGGAAACCAGACAAAUGGUGCAGGUCUCUUGGCCUAAAGAGCCGACGGAAGACAACGACGACGAUGCAUUGAUGGAGAUGAAUGAUAUCAGGGUUGUUCUUGAAAAUUUCGCUGAAAUGUACAAGAAAAAAGAUGCGGAGUGUUUCUCGUUUUUCGUCAAUCCAUACCCAGUAGGGCCAAGGAAUGACAAGCAUAUCGAAAUGGCUUACUUGUCAGCUUGCAAAACAGAUCCUCAUAAAUCAACCUGCUGUGCUUGUUGCUCAUCUGAUCCAACCUGCUGUGCUUGUUGCCCACCUCAACCAAUCUGCUGUGCCUGUUGCUCAUGCUGUUGUAAUUGUUGUGGAGGAAGAGGAUUAGCGGACGUUGGCUGCGUGCAGACUGACUGCACAGCUUCUUGCCUUCAGGGAUGUGCCAAUUGUUGUCCCACCUGGAUUCCACGGCUCACCAAUAUCGGUGUAUCACAGUUCUCUUUCAAAAAAGGCACGAGGUAUGUGCAAACGUGGUACAACGUGCUGCAGUUCACGAAAGGCAAUAUCCACGUUCGCACAGCAGAAUGGUGCUUACCGUUGGAACACCUCCAAAGAGCCCUGACCAUGGUGAUAACACUGGCUCAAGAUUACGCAACAAGGAAUAAACAGUAUUCCUUGCUUCCAAUUUAUGUGAGACUUGCGCAAACGGAUGAUUUGUUCCUGAGUCCUGCAAGCAAGUUUAGACCUGACGGAACUACCAAUGAUCACAACUGUUACAUUGAGGUACCAUUUCUCCCUGGAGCAUACGGCGUUGACGAGUUCCAGGACAAGGUGGAGCGCAUGCUCUGUAAGGAGUUCAAAGCAAGGCCACACUGGGGAAAGAAUAAUCGCCUAAACAAGUCUAAAAUCGAGGAGCUUUACUACACAGAGAGUCGGCGCAAGUGGUAUGACGUGUACAAGAUGUUUAACAAAGGAGGACCGUUUGAAAAUCGCUUCACACAUAAUAUGGGUUUUGCCGAGUUGUUUGAUAAUAUUAUCGACGAGCAGCCUUUUCGUGAUGUCUAAUUACGCUUUUUUUUGCCGCUCUUAGGCCAUCCUCAAAAUUUUGUCAUUUUCAUUUUCAGAUCGAUCACGGAAUUCAUCUUUAUAAGUUUGAAUUCAUCCUUAGAACUUGACAGAUCUGACCUAAUUUAUUUGUGGUAUAAGAAGGCAGUAUUUCUUUUCGCUUAGUUAUUCAAGGACAGUCCUUGGCGACACAAGAAACAAAAAGAUUCGGGUGCAGCGAAGUGUGGUAAGUUAAUCACAAAUAAGUAACCUUUGCAAAAAGUUAAAGGGAUUUGUCGCUGUUGGAGUCAGAAAUUUGUACACAAGCCAGCGAGUCACUGUGCUCAGCAGCCAUUUUCAAUGCAUUACCAAGUUAUCUGCGGAACUGUACGGACUUUCGGUCCUUUAAGAGUAGUUUGACAUCAUAUCUUGUUAAUAACGCCGGAAAGAGAUUAGAAACAUGAAUCUCAGGUCUUUUAGCUUGUUUAUAUUUUAAUUCUCAAUUAGAAUGCGAUUUAUUGUAAACUAUGUGAUAUAGCGUAAUUAGAAUAGUAUAGUAAUUGUAGCAUAGAAGAGCCAAUUAAUUUUUGGAAUGCUAAUAAACCUUUAUUAUUAUUGAUUA